CCGAGCGCGAGCCGCUUCGGUGUCCGUCGUCAUGCCGCGUUUCUCUCCGGAGAAACCAGCCACGACGAUGCACCCGAGGGCAUAGCGGCACCCCCACCUCCUCCCUCCCCCCCCACACACACCCCUACACACACACACUGACACACACACACACCCCGAGCCAUGUCGGACCGAAAACAGCAGAGUGGCUCCAGCUAGGCUGCGAACCCCACAGCCAGAGGGAGGCUUUAUUUAGCGGGAGGACCGGACCAGCGGCGGCUAGCUCCCCUCCAAGCCUGCUCGCGCCGCCCCUCGAGAGAGAGAAAGACCACUUUGGACCCCAAGUUGACGACACAAUCCGGGGAAAAUGGGUGAGCAGCCCAUCUUCAGCACGAGGGCCCACGUCUUCCAGAUCGACCCCAGCACCAAGAAGAACUGGGUCCCCACCAGCAAGCACGCCGUCACCGUCUCCUACUUCUUCGACAGCACCAGGAAUGUGUAUCGAAUCAUCAGUCUGGACGGAUCCAAGGCCGUCAUCAACAGCACCAUCAGCCCCAACAUGACUUUCACCAAGACCUCGCAGAAGUUCGGCCAGUGGGCGGACAGCCGGGCCAACACCGUCUACGGCCUGGGCUUCUCCUCCGAGAGCCACCUGCUCAAGUUUGCUGAGAAGUUUGCGGAGUUCAAAGAGGCGGCGCGGCUGGCCAAAGAGAAGUCCCAGGAGAAGACGGAGCUGGCCAGCACCCCCUCCCAGGAGUCGGCUCCCGGCGACCUCCUGUCACCCCUGACCUCUGAGAGCAUCAACGGCACCGAGGAGGAGCGGGUCCGGCCGCCCACGCCCCAGCCGGGCGACGCCAGGUCCGAGCUGGCCCAGAACGCCCUGCCCUCCUCCCACAGCUCCACCAGCAUCAACAAGCACUGGGAGGCGGAGCUGGCCGCCCUGAAGGGGAACAACGCCAAGCUGACCGCCGCCCUGCUGGAGUCCACCGCCAACGUCAAGCAGUGGAAGCAGCAGCUGGCCGCCUAUCAGGAGGAAGCGGAGCGGCUCCACAAACGGGUGACGGAGCUGGAGUGCGUGAGCGGCCAGACCACGGCCAUCAAGUCCCAGAAAACCGAGCUCAACCGGACCAUCGAGGAGCUGGAGCUGGCCCUGAGGGCCAAAGAGGAGGAGCUGGAGAGCCUCAAAGCCGAGGUGGAGGGCGCCAGCGACUUCCGGCUCCAGAUGGACUCGCUCUCCCAGAAGCUGAAGGAGUCGGAGGGCCGGAGCCAGACGCUGGAGGCGCGGCUGGGCGAGCUGGAGCGGCGGCUGGAGGGCGAGCAGCAGGAGCGGGAGGCGCAGCGCCGCAGCCUGCGGGCGCUGCUGCAGCUGCUGGACAGCAAGAUCUUCGAGCUGACCGAGCUGCGCGACACGCUGGCCCGGCUGGUGGAGGGCAGCUAGGCCCCCAACCCCCCCUCUCCCGGGUACGCUGGACCCUCACACACGCGUUCACGCACAGCUCCACAAACGCCAAACGGCUCCGGAGACUACCGUCUGUCAACUUUUCCUCCUCCUCACUGCUCACACAGAGGGAUCCUUCCUUUUGGUUUUUCUCCGCAAUGGAGGGACCGACAGGACAGGACGUCGGUUUGACUAAAGUACGG